GUCGCAAACCGUCGCUGGUUGCGACUCGAAGUGCUACCUAAUGGCUUAAAGUCACGUGGCGCAAGAUGCCGGUCGUUAUCACGUGACCGGAAGUACAUUUAGGAGAGCGCCGGAUGUGGCGGUGGACGGGACGAGCCGUCAGGUGCGGGGUUAGAACUGGGAGCUGUUGAUGAUUGAGAAGACACAAUGAGCAUAAAGGCAUUUGAACUUGUUCCCGCACUUGAGCGGACCCUGCUGAUAGGAGACAAAACUUGGAUUAACAUUGAGUGUAUUGAAUGCUGUGGGAGGAAUCUUUAUGUGGGAACAAAUGAAUGUUAUAUCUACCACUUCCUAUUAGAAGAGAAGACAUCCACCUCAGGGAAACUAACCUUUAUUGCAACAAAACAGCUGCACAAAUAUCUUGGCCUAAAGAAGCCUGUAAAUGAAAUAAAGGCAGCAUCGGCAUUGAACAGGCUAAUGGUUCUAUGUGACUGUUCUGUGAAUUUAUUGAACAUGAUCAAUCUGGAGCCAGUACCAACAGGAGCUAAAAUUAAAGGAGUAGUUGCAUUCACUGUAAAUGAAAACCCAGUGACAGCAGAUCCUUUCUGUGUUGAAGUGUGCACCAUUUCAAUGAAGAGGAAAACCAUACAGAUUUAUGCAGUGCAUGAGGACCGUGUGCAGCUCAUAAAAGAGGUCUCCACACCAGAACAGCCUGUUGCUUUAGCUGCAGAUGGAUACUUCAUUUGCUUAGCACUGAGCACACAAUACAUUAUCUUGAGCUACAACACUGGAGUUUCACAAGAUCUAUUUCCUUACAAUAGUGAGGAAAAACAACCAAUUGUAAAACGGAUUGGACGAGAGGAGUUUCUGCUAGCUGGUCCAGGGGCAUUGGGAAUGUUUGUGACAGCAGCAGGAAUCUCCCAGCGUGCCCCUGUUCAUUGGUCAGAGGAUGUGAUUGGAGCAGCAGUAUGCUUUCCUUACGUUGUAGCUCUGGAUGAGGAGUUUGUUACUGUACAUAGCAUGCUAGACCAGCAGCAGAAACAGACCGUGCCAUUCAGGGAUGGCCAUAUACUGCAGGAUUUUGAAGGGAAACUGAUUUUAGCUACAAGCAAAGAAGUAUAUGUCCUGGUACCAUUACCUUUGGAAAAUCAAAUUCAAGAUCUUUUGACCGGCCGUAGAGUGGAGGAAGCACUGGUCCUGGCAAAGGGAGCUCGACGGAACAUUCCAAAAGAGAAAUUCCAGGGUAUGUACAGAAGAAUUCUGCAGCAAGCAGGAUUUAUACAGUUUGGCAAACUUCAAUUUUUAGAAGCUAAAGAACUCUUCAGGAAUGGCCAGCUUGAUGUAAGGGAGUUGAUAUCUCUCUAUCCAUUUCUGCUUCCUUCAACCUCCACAUUUAUGCGGUCCCAUCCCCCCUUGCACGAAUAUGCUGACCUGAAUCAGUUGACGCAAGGUGACCAAGAGAAGAUCACGAAAUGCAAGCGCUUCCUUAUCAGCUACUUGAAUGAGAUCCGGAGUGCUGAUGUUGCUAAUGGUUAUAAAGAAGAUAUAGACACAGCUUUGCUGAAACUAUAUGCGGAAGCUAAUCACGAUAGUUUGCUGGAUUUAUUGGUUUCUGAAAAUUCUUGUCUUCUAGUGGAAAGUGCUCCCUGGUUGGAAAAACACAAGAAAUAUUUUGCGCUUGGUCUUCUUUAUCACUACAACAGCCAAAAUGAGGCAGCACUACAGCUGUGGAUGAAUAUUGUCGAUGGAGGCCUGGAGGACACUACCCGCUCAGAUCUUUAUGAGUACAUCAUUGAUUUUCUCAGUUUCUGCUCUGACCAUGAACUGGUGUGGAAAUAUGCAGACUGGGCCUUGCAGAAAAAUGAAGAGGUUGGGGUCAAGAUUUUCACACGACGACCUUUGGUUGAAAGCCAGACUAUUGGUAUAAAUCCAGAUGACAUAAUCAACUAUCUACACAAGUACAGAAAAGCUGUUGUUGUAUACUUGGAGCACUUAGUAUUUGAGAGAAAUAUUCAGAAAGAAAAGUGCCACACUCAUCUAGCCGUAUUGUAUCUGGAUAAAGUUCUGGGAUUACAUUCACAGUCAAGGAAUGGUUCAGAAGAACUAACUUCAGCUCGGAACAAUCUUAAGAACCUGUUCCGGCACUCUCAACUCUAUAGAGUUCAUCUUCUGCUGGGUAGAAUUAAAGACACUGAUCUCUAUGUGGAGCGUGCAAUAUUACAUGGAAAAUUGGAAGAACAUGAUAAAGCCCUUGAAAUUCUGGUUCACCGACUAAAGGAUUUCCAAGCAGCUGAAGACUACUGUUUGUGGAAUUCUGAUGGCAAGGACCCUUUGUGCAGACAGAAGCUCUUCCAUAUGCUAUUGGCACUUUACCUGGACCCAGCUGUCACCAGUGAUGCAUUAGUAAUGGCUGGUGUAGAUCUUCUCAAUAACCAUGCUGUUGAGUUCGAUGCAGUGCGUGUGCUACGACUGAUUCCAGAUAAUUGGUCGAUUCAGUUGCUUUCACCAUUCCUGGGUCAGGCAAUGCGAAAGAGUUUUCAUUCUAAAUGUAUGGCAGAAGUUGCACUGGGUUUAGCGAGAUCUGAAAACUUAAUAUAUAGAUACACAAAGGUGAAAUCAAGAGGAAAUGCUGUUGCACUUUCAGGAAAAAAAGUUUGCCAAGUAUGUCGUGGCAUGUUCACUGAACCAGUAUUUCUGCGCUCCCCAGAUGGUGCUCUUCUUCAUACCCAUUGUGCAACAAAAUCAUCCAGUCCGUCAGCCACUGUUCAGACAUAUGCCAAUCCUUGAAAUCAAUCCUGAAAUGUCAGCACAUAAACCAGUGGGUUGGUUAGUUCAAAAAUAAAGUUGUCCUCCUGCAGAUCAAGAGAAAGAAAAGGAAGGUGCUGCUACUCUUUGAAGAAAGAAAAUGAAGAAAUCUGUCUGCAUAUACUUGAAACUUACACUUCAGUGUAAAAUGGCUACCAACAUUGCUGUACAAUCGAUUCAAUUUACUAAGUAAAGUUAACUGAGCAUUAUUUGAACUUUUAGGUUUCCCAGCACUGGAGGGGGAUGAGGAGUUGGUAUCAUUGCCUGGACUUGUGCAACAUGUGGUAAAUACAGAAAAAAAAUGACCAUUUUCAAUUUUGUUGUAUGGUGACAGGCUUCUGUUUUUGUGCCCCUCAUGUUGCUUUGGGUGUCUGCUGACAUAGAUGUGCAAAAUGAUUCUUCUCUAUCUUUGAUGUACUGAAUUGGAAAUGGGUAGCCUAUUCCUUACCCCAUCCUUAAAAUUCCUGUCACGUUUUGAGCGCACCUACAUUUGUAAUUCACCAGUCAGCCCAAUAAUCUGUACAACAUGUAGAAUAACCUACACUUGACUUUCAGUCUGUAUGCUCUAAAUCUACUGUAACAUUGUGGGAUAAUGGUUCCCAUACACACCCUAAAGAGUUACAGAUAUGCACAAAUAAUAUAAUUUCUGCCCAUAAAAAGAACUGAUAUUGAUUUGACUGCAAGGGAGAGAUGAUUUUUGGUAAUGAAGAGUAAUGUGGGGUUACUGGUACAUAGGAGCAAAGGUUCUCCAAGGUGUUACUGAAGAACCUAUAUUUGGCAUUAUAUGACCGACUUCCAUGGAAUUUUUAGGAAAAAGGGAAAAAAAAUACUAUGUUAAGUGAUUGUGAUUUUCUAAGUUUUAGUCCAUAUGAUUGUAUUUUGAGUUGAAAAGGAUCUCAUCAAUUAGUGCUAUUUUGAGAAUAUCAAAUACAUGAGCUGCAGUGAGAAAUUUGAGGAAUUAUAAAUAUUUUGACUGUCUUGAAAUCUAUGGAAAAUAGUCCUAUUAAGUAAUUAUGAUAUCUUUUUAACUACAGCCAUACAUUUAUUCAUGUUGCCAUUAAUUAACAGAUUGAUUAAGCAUCCAGGUGGCUACCAAUAUUCUAGCAGAGUUUUGUUUAAAUGGUCAUUUUGCAAUGCUUAUAGAGUAUUUGUAUGUUGUAAGAUGUUUGAUUUGGAAAUCUUGAUUAUAGAGGACUUACCAGGUCAAAGGAUACCGGUUUCACACAUUGUGUGUUAAUAGUCUGACAUUUUAAUAAGUAUAGGGAGAGAACAGCUAUGUUAUAGUUCUAUUUCACCCUCAUACAUGUUAAAUAUAUUUGCAGGGGUAGAUAAAUUUCAAGGUCAAGAACAAUUUGCUUCCAAUGCAAACCAGAGGAGGAAGGGAUGCACGUUUCCUGCAGGUUCGAUCCAAUCUUUGUUUUGUUCAGCAACAAAAUCUUCAUGUGUAUUUCUGACACGUACAUCUUAUCAAUUACAUGUGUUUAAUGUGAAGUGAAUCAAAAGACAAACUGAUUUGUGAUUUUAACUUCAUAUUGGUUUCCUUAACUUUAUAUUCUAAGAGGCGUAUUCUAGAUUGAGUAGUAACGGCCUCGUUUUCUACUUAAAAGUUGCAUAUUUUAUUAUGUUUUAGGUGAUAAAGUUUACAACUUCUGAAUCAUACCAGAUUUAAAAACAAAAAUGUGAAUUCUUUGAAUAGUAAAAUAACCAAGUUAAAUUCCAAUACCAUUUUAAAGAGUCCAAUGAUAUGUUGAAACUGAACCAAAGUGCACGUUUACUUCUGAAACACAGAUGUACACUUCUUCUGUCUGUGGUUUUGUACAGUGUGUAUAUGCAGUAGUAUUGGUAACAGUCAUAUAUGUUUUGAGUUGCAAUCUAAAUUUUGUUUACUCUGCUGUUUUACAUAAUCCCAGUGAUGUUCAAACACAAACAUUUUAAAAUUUGCAAAAUUGCCUAAUACAGUGGAAAUCUUUCUACUUUAACUGUCCUAUCUGACUACUCUGCUUAUAUUUAAUUUUGCACUGUAAAUACUAUUGUACAAAUGUACAGAUGACAAUUUUAAUAAAUCCUUUCAUUGGGGAAAAAUAGAAUUUGUUGGCCUGAUUUGAGGACUUAAAAUAAUUAUUUUGGAUUGUGUAUGGAGACUCUCUCAUUUUUAGCUGGGGAACCAAAUUGUGUCUAGGAAUGCCGUAGAAUAUUUUAGGAAUGAGCUUGCAUUAUAGCAUCUUUUCCCUUCAAACUUUCCCAAAAUGCUUCACAGAUAAUUACUGUCAGGUGAGUAGUUUUAUGGGAACAUAUUUUGGCACCAAACUCCCACAAACAGCCAUGAGGUGAGCAAUACGUAAAUCUAGAGGUUGUUGGCCUGGAUACUGCCGAAAUGCUCUUGUUUGAAUAGUGAGGCCCGGAUACUGCCAGAAAUAGAAGUGAGAAGUGCUGUUUAUCUAGUCUUUCCUCAUAGCUCAUCCCUCAAACACUGGAGAGCAUCCCCAUUGCUCUCACUUCCUCUAGAGCCUGCUCAGUUAUUGCAGCCAUCAGAAAUAUAUAUAAUCCUAUCUGCAGAUGGACAGGAAGACAGCAUAAUGCUGGAGUUUAAGCAGCUAAAACUAUAUAGCUUGCCAUUGCAAAGAC